AUGUCCAAGUCUCUCGGAUUUCGCUUUCAUCGACGAUCGUUUGUCUCUGGGCCUCAACUCGCGAGUCUCGAAGGGGCGCUGAAGGGGAUAGAUCCGUCACAGCCCCUAAAAUGCCAGGAAAUCUACACUGCUUUGCUCAAGAGCUACGCCCACAAGCAAUCCCUCGACGAUGCGCGGCGUCUCCACGCUCACAUGAUCCAAACCGGCUUCGAUCGCCUACAAAUCCUGGGAAAUCUCCUCAUCAGCACAUACGGGCGGUGUAGAGAUCCCGGGAACUCGCAAAGGGUCUUCGAGAAUUUGGAGAGAAGGAACAUCUACUCGUGGAUCAGCCUCGUCUCUGCGUAUGCCCAGAAUGGUCACCUCCCGGAAUCCUGGAGAGCGUUCGCGCUCAUCCCCCAGCGAAGCAUCCCCUGCUGGAACGCGAUGAUCACUGCUCUCGGCCAAAACGAUCGCGCUCCCGCAGCCAGGGAGCUCUUCGAUGCAAUGCCGGAUCGAGAAACCGCGUCCUGGAACUCGAUGAUCGUCGGGUAUGCCAAGAACGGGCAUAGCCGAGAGGGAUUCCACCUCUUUCUCGCCAUGACCCUCGAAGGCGUGGAGCCGGACAGGAUAACUUUCCUGGGGGUCAUCGACGCUUCCGGGAACCUCGGGAACUUGAAGCUGGCGAGGAUGAUCCACGAGGAGAUUCUCUUGUCGGGUGAAUUCCAGCACGACGUCUUCGUUGGAACUGCGAUUGUCGGAAUGUAUGGAAGAUGCCGCAGCCCCGACGACGCACAGCGGAGCUUCGACUCCAUGUCCGUCAAGAACUCCGUGUCGUGGACAUCGCUGGCAGUAGCUUACGGACAAAACGGAUGCCUUGAGCGCGCGCUGUCGGUGUUUGAGCAGACACCCGACAAGACUGUCGUGUCGUGGUCGGCUAUGGUGGCGGCGUACGCUCAAAACGGCCACUCCAAUCUUGCGCUGCUCGUCUUCAAGCUCAUGGAUCUCCACGGCUUCUGUCCAAACCUCUUGACUUUCACCAGCGCUCUGGAUGCCUGCGCAAGCUCCUCCGCCAGAGCGAUUGGAGACGGCCGGAUCCUUCACUCGGAAGCCUCUGCGCUUGGAAUCGAUGACGAUGUUCAUAUCGGAGGCGCGCUCGUCAGCAUGUAUGGGAGCUCCGGGUGCUGCAACGAGGCGAAGUCGGUGUUUGAUCGCCUCCCCGUGAGGAACGAAGUCGUGGGGACUGCGAUGAUCGGAGCUUACGCCGAGGCGAGUGACUUUCCUGCGGCUCUGACGAUCUUCCGGGGCUUGGACCUCGCCGGCUACAAGCACCGCAGUAUAACUUUCGUCACCAUUCUUAAUGCCUGCGAUGAUCUUCGCCAGGGAAACGCCUUGCACGAGAGGAUCAUCGCCGCUGGGCUCGAAUCCCACACCAUCACUGCCACUGCGCUUACUUGCAUGUACAGGAGAUGCAAGAGCCUUAGAGAUGCCCGGUCCGCCUUUGACAAGCUGCUGGAUAAGAAUGUCGUCAGCUGGACUGCGAUGAUCGUCGCCUACGUCGAGAACAACGACGAGAGAGAAGCUCUCGACCUGUUUAAGAAGAUGGACGUCGAAGGAACCAGUCCGGACGUGGUGAUCUUGACCGCUGUUCUUGAUGCCUGUGCCAACAUCUCGGGUCUCUCCCAAGGACGAGCUAUCCACCGUGCUCUCGAGGAUGGUAGCGUUCCUCUCACCGAAGUGGCUACCGGGUUGAUCGACAUGUAUGGAAAGUGCGGCAGCGUGGUGGACGCCAAGUUGGUCUUUAAUGCGCUGGAGGAACAACUCGGAGCAGAAAUGACAUUGCCUUGGACUUCCAUGGUGACGGCCUUUGCUCAAAAUGGGCACGGUCUGGAAGCUGUGGAGCUAUUUCGAUCAAUGGAGCUUCACGGCGUCGAGGCCAAUGAGAUUUCUCUCGUGAGUGUCCUUUGUGCGUGUAGUCACUCGGGCUUGAUCACCGAAGGCUUGAGUUACUUCUCCUCUAUUGAACAGGACCGGGGAUUAGCUCUUCUGCCUGAACAUCAAGUCUGCUGGAUAGAUCUGCUAGGAAGGAUUGGGAAGUUGGAGUUAGCGGAGAAUGCGAUGGAGAGUAUACCUCUCUCUCGCGACGAGAAGAUCAUAGCCUGGACAGCUUUUCUCGGAGCUUGCAAAACUCACGACGAUGAGAGGCGAGCAAAGCGUGCUGCUGAGAAGCUUGUGGAGCUGGAUUCCAAACUCUCCUCGUCUUACAUAAUGCUAUCCAACGUUCACUCGCUUUCCUGCGAGCUCACCAAACUUGUCAAGGCAUCCAAGGCAGUGUCGAGCACCGCAAAAACAAUAGGAAAAAACAUACUGGCCAGGCGAUGA